CUUUCUCUCCCGUAUAGUUCUCAAGGUAGCUGUCCUUACGAAUUUUUAGAUAAAUUUUAUGUAUUUAAGCGUUUUGUAAGACAAAUAAUAAGUGUUUCUCUUUCCAUAUUAAUCCCGUAUUUAACUUAGGCCACUAAUUCAUUGUUCACGAUGAGUACUAAGAUCAUCAAGGCGAGCGCCGCUGAGCCCGAUGUCUUCGAGACAUCGAUCUCACAGGCCCUGGUUGAGUUGGAGACCAACUCGGACCUGAAGGCGCAACUAAGGGAGCUGUACAUUACUAAGGCUAAGGAAAUCGAACUUCACAACAAGAAGUCCAUCAUCAUCUACGUGCCCAUGCCCAAGCUGAAGGCUUUCCAGAAGAUCCAGAUCAGGCUGGUCCGUGAAUUGGAAAAGAAAUUCAGCGGUAAACACGUCGUGUUCAUCGGAGACCGCAAGAUUCUGCCCAAACCCAGCCACAAGACUCGUGUAGCCAACAAACAGAAGAGGCCCAGAUCCAGGACACUGACGUCAGUAUACGACGCCAUCUUGGAGGACCUCGUGUUCCCCGCAGAGAUUGUUGGCAAGCGCAUCCGGAUCAAGCUGGACGGCUCCCAGCUCAUCAAGGUCCACCUCGACAAGAACCAGCAGACCACUAUUGAACAUAAGGUGGACACUUUCCAAUCGGUAUACAAGAAGCUUACGGGGCGCGAAGUUACCUUUGAAUUCCCCGAACCCUACUUGUAAACUUAGGAAUAUGACUUUACAAUAAACACCAUAAAAAAAUAAUAA